GGCGCUUCCGAUUCGGUGCUGCAUUUGCAUGCAUCGGCACCCCAGCUGUAGUCCUCGUUGAUUUGGAAAUCGCGCAAUGCAGCGAAUUGGUAGUCCGGCUUCUGUGCCGGGGCUCUACUGCAUAGUAAAACAACCGACGUACCCCCCCGCAUGUAACCCAGUUCAGCUCGGCCCAGUCCUCACUUCAUCCAUUACCCAUCCUUCGUCACGCCUAAUUUUGCAUACUGCUUGGUUCCGCCGCCAAUAUUUGUCGCCCGACACACUACACCGCCAGCGACAGUCAACCCGUCAGACAAGUAAGUCAAAGCCUUGCCGACACAGCCUUCUUCGCGGCCGCCGCCAACAUGGAGGACCCAACCCCCGUCCCCGAUGCUAGUCGGGGUGAGAGCACAAGCAAGGACAAGAAGACUGAGCCUGACAGCCAGGCUGUCACGGACUUGCACAAACAUUUACUGGAUGCGGCCGAGAAAGCUGCGGAUGAUCCCAAGAGAGUCUCUGACUUGAUCGAUCAAAUGGCGAGUUCUCAGACGCCCAACUUCGCGCCGAGAAACGACAAUGGAGAAACGCCGCUGAUAGUGCUCCUUCGCAAUGGCUGCACCGACGAGGAUUUGGUUAUCAAGCUGUUGGGGAAGAUGAGUGGGGACGAAAUCGACGCCACCGAUAAAACUGGCUCGUCCGCCCUGCAUGAAUCAGCAAGUGAAAACCUAUUCUACGCUGCGGAUGCUCUCUUAUCCCGGGGAGCUAAACCCGACCUCAGAGAUGAGCUCGGCCGCACGCCUUUGCACCACGCCUGCUGGAGCGGCUUCCUCGACAUCGUCAAACUUCUUGUGAAGCACAGCGUCGAGCACUCCUUGGACCUCGACGCUAAAGAUAAUGAUGGGUGUACUCCGCUAGACCAUGCUUGUCAGAGCGGCCACACGGAUGUGGUGCGCCAUCUUAUGGACCCGGGCCGUCCAGGGGCGGUCGUGAAUGUCGAUAUUGUCGAUAAUGACGGGUGGACGCCGUUGUCAACAGCAGCUCGAUUCGGGCAUGGAGAUAUUGUUAAUGAUAUUCUGGGGCAUGGAGCGAUAGUCGAUACCGCUGACGAUGAAGGGUUAACGCCGUUAUUGGUGGCAGCUCGAUUCGGGCAUGGAAAUGUUGUUCAAGCUCUCCUAAGCCGAGGAGCGACAGUCGACAAGGCCGACAAUAAAAAGUGGACACCGUUAAAGAUGGCAGCUCGAUACGGACAUGGAGAUAUUGUUGAGGCUCUUUUAAGGCAACAAGCAACAGUUGAUACAGCUGAUGAUGAAGGUUGGACGCCGUUAUUGGCGGCAGCUCGAUACGGACACGGAGAUAUUGUUGAGGCUCUUUUAAGGCAAGAAGCAACAGUUGAUACAGUUAACGAUGAAGGCUGGACGCCGUUAUUGGCGGCAGCUGAAUUCGGGCACAGAGAUAUUGUUGAAAGCUUACUCAGGAAUCGGGCGCAUCGAAAUAAGGCAGCCAAGGAUGGGCGGACUCCACUGUCAAGAGCUAGCGCAAGUGGUUAUGCAGAUAUUGUCUCCGUCCUCCUGAGGGAUAUGAAAUCAGGUGAUGUGGACAUCCCUGAUAACGAGGGUAUGACUCCUCUCCAUUGGGCUUGUUGCUCUUCUCAGUAUGGGGAGGAACCUCUAGAUGGGGAGAAACGAGGAUCGAGUACCCCAGGGCAGUAUCUGCAGACUGUCGAGCAUCUGAUCGAAAAAGGGGCGAAGCUCGAUGCACUCACGAAUGCUGGUGAGACGGCUCUUGAUCUUGCGGUCCAAAAGAGGCACAGACAAACGGCGAUGGCUCUGUUGCAGCACUCCGGCCCUGUCAAAGCUACAGAAAUCAACGGCGACAUCCUGGACUGGGCGAUCGAGGACGAAAGGACUCACGGGAUUGUACGGAUGAAAAUUAAGGAGGGACCCAGAGUACACACCCAGUACAAGGGCAUCGAGCUCAAAGAAAACUGUACUGUGCUCGAAUUAGCUACUUUCCACGGGGACUCCGAGAUUGUCUGGAAGUUACUCCGUACUCCCUCUGUGGCAGAUGUGGUCCGGGGGACGCGGGAGGAUGCGAAGCGCGUCCUAGAUGAAGUCGAGGAGCAACGGCGCCGGAACAAGGAAAGUACCAAGCGACCGGAACGUGACGAUUUCACUCGAAAAGAUAAGCAGAAGACAUCAGGAAAGGACGAGAAGAAGACAUCAGCAGAAGACGAGCAGUGGACCUCGGCAAAAGACAAGCAGAAGACACCGUCGGAAGACGAAGAGACGGACGCCCACUAUGCCCUCAUCAAGGAGCUCUUGAAUGGCAAAUACAUCGAAACGUCAAUCCAGCGCCUAAAAGCGCCAGAGGCAGGCGUGACCGUCGCCUUCAAGCCACCGACUGCCAUUUUCGACUUCUACGCCGUUGGAAUCGGUUCUAGGGUUCAGCAGAGCAAGUACAGCGUGGUCGACGUCAUUUACGGCGAGGGGCCGGAGAAACUGAUGGAAAAGGAAAGGCAAAGAAAUAAAUUUGUUGAGAGGCUGCUAGGGAAGUUGAGGUCCCAAGAAGAGGGCAUCCAGGCGAAUGCAACACCGAACGACCCGAGUAUACAGGCGAAGGAAACUUUUCAGUUUCGAUGGAUUCACUUGCCUGCAAACAAUAUGCAAUGGAUGGAGGACUUGACUAUGAAAGUACUACACGAGCAAGCCACAACCGCCAAAGCCCUCAGCGAGAACGCACCAGGCGCCAAGGUAGAGGAAAGCGAGCACGAUGAGGAAUUCCGGAAGUUGAGCUCUUUUCUCCAAAACAGCUGGCUCGAAUUUCCAAACGCAUCGUCUUCAUCUCGGCUUAUGAAGCCCAAAUUCGUGAAAACUAAGCUUGCUGUACCCAGAGCUCCUAAACCACAAGCUCCUGAGUCAAAGGACCUGAAGUCACCGGCGAGCGACGACAACGAAACCGAACGAUUUGCACUUUACAUGCCCUACCUUACCUUCGCUACACAAAAGAAGAAUACAAGGGGCAAUGAGUAUUACGACGAGUACGAGAAGCUACUCAAUGACUAUAAAAAAGAAGUUAUUCAUGGAUCGCGGACUCUAGACGAGUUCUUCUACCAGUUCAAGUCGGACAAGCUCUACAGCGAGGAUGACAUUGCAGAGCGCAACAAGGACCAGGUUGUCACCAAGUGGCUUCACCGCGACGCCCAAUUCAAGGUUCUCGACAAACAGGGGAUUAAGGAACUCGACGAAUGGACUCUUUUGAGAGUAGAUCAACUAUGGCUGUGGGUUAUCGGACCCAAAACCAUCAUUACAUCGUCGACUCACCGCCUUGACGGACGCGAGGAUAUUGUCUUGAGCAGUGUCCAGAGCCACCUCCAAAAGAGCAACGACCUGCCGAAGACGGUACAGGAGCUGACACGUCUGCUAGUCGACAUCUGCAUUCGGCUGUACGACGAGGCGAAAGAGCCCGAGUCGGCAAGCGGCCGAGGAGUGAAAUUGAAGGACCUGUCCGUCCGUGACAUAUUCUCAAACUCCAUCAACAAAGCGGCCGUGGAGGAAACAGAGUUGUUCAAAAUCUUCACGGAGAGCGAAGAAACCAAUGGGGAGCACAAGAUGGAGUCCAAGCAGUCCACCACCAACCGCAAUGGGCCCAUGGUCAGAGCUGCGAGGCUACUCUGCACGAUCAAGGACCUGCGUGACGAGCUAAACAUCCUUAGAGCCGUCGUUUCGCAGCAGCAGCACGUGCACAAAGCGGUACAGGAUGGGCUGUUCCGUGGCCAAGCUAGACGGUCCCAAACGACGUCGCAGAUUGUUAGCGAAAUCAAGGAUAUGGACAAAUACGCCGAGAGACUCAACGCAGCGGUUGACGCAACUCUCGGCCUGCAGCAGAAUAAUAUUGCCAUUGGAUACUCGACUGAGUCGGUAGAGCAAGGGAACACGCUCAUGGUCUUCACCGUCACAACCAUCAUCUUUCUCCCAAUGUCGUUUCUGGCCGCCCUGUUCGCAAUCAAUAUCUCCGUCUUCCCACACGACGACGAAACCAAGGAGUUGCGAUACAGCCCGGGAUUGAUUUUCCCCAUCAUAUUUGGUGUGACGGCCGUUGUCUCAGCACCAUUGAUACUCUACGCUUUCCAAGAGAGGAUAUUGAAGCGGCAUCCAUGGCUUCGCGGCCUGGGGUGGACCGGAUCGGGCGAAUCUGACAAGCAGCACCAGCGCCACACUUUCCAAGAGAGGAUGGGGAACAGGCUUCGCAGCCUGCGGCGGACCGGACCUGACCAGCAGCGCCAUCUCGACGCUCUCCAAGAGACGCUCCGGAACGGGCUUCACAACCUGAGGAGGACCGGACGUGACAAGCAGCGCCAGCUUGUUGAUCCAGAGAGGUAAACCGGGGGACUAAAAUGGCUGAGCAGCAUCGUGAAGCUACUUCGGAAGCACCCAUUACGCUGGGUUAAUCACCAACAACGGACAGCGAUAUAAUAUUAGCAAGUAGUCUCAAGGCACAAUCUCAGCUUCUCGCGCUGCUGGGUCGCUUGUUUCAUGUGAAGCGCCUAUUUGUUCAUCUGGAAUGGCCAAAGCACUGGUCCCCUCCAAAGUUACUGGACGACAUAUGCAGGAAGCCUUAUAAAGAGAAUCCAGGCUGUGGUAUUGGGGACCACUACAUACAUGGAAGAACCGAACACGUUGCUGAGAGGGAGGUGUGGUUGGAGAAGAUGGUUAUGGGUGCUUCAUAC